AUGGCCGAAGCAGAAGCCAAGAGGAGACGGGCUGAAGAGAGGCAACGGCGCCGUGAUGGUGACACCGAUCCUAUCGUCUCUUUCCCGGGAACAGAAGACAUACCUCAAGCAUGGGAGCGUGGGGCACGAUCCGCUGCAAGGGCGCACGUGGGAGAGGAGCUAGCCAGCAAUGUGCGGCAACAUAUUGAGGAGGAUAGGGGAUACGUGAAAGUUCGCUUGCCCAGCGUAAAGCGGAAGGCGGCUGAAGAGGCCCGGAGAGGGGACGUCGACGUGCCAGAGAAUUCGGGAGAGGCGAAAAAGAAGGCGCAGAGCAACACGGCUGCAAAGGCUCAUAGGAUGGCGGUAGAGGACGGGGCGCCAAAGGAAGCAGAGGCUGCGGCGCAGGAGAAGGUGGGUGCAGAGGCGGUCAAGAGUGCGGAGGCAGUCGCGCGUAAAGAAGCGGGUGCAGCAGCAGAGCUGACGUCGGAGGCAGUCGAGCUGCAGGUGGUAGAGGCAGUGGCGCAGAAGGAAUCAGAGGCAACGGCGAGCCAGAAGGAUGAGGCAGCGGCGCAGCAGAAUGAUGAGGCAGACGCACAUAAGGAAUCAGCGGCAACAGCGCAGCAGAAGGAUGAGGGUGUGGCGCCCAAGAUGGUUGAGGCAGAGGUGGAGAAGGAAGCAGAGGCAGCGGCGCAGCAGAAGGAGGAGGGUGCAGCGCCGAAGAUGGUUGAGGCAGAGGCGCAGAAGGAAUCAGAGGCAGCUGCGAGCCAGAAGGAUAAGGCAGCGGCGCAGCAUAUGGAGGAGGCAGAUGCACAUAAGGAAUCAGAGGCAACAACGCAGCAGAAGGAUGGCAGAGCGGCGCCCAGGAUGGUUGAGGCAGAGGCGCACAAGGAAUCAAAGGCAGUGGCGCAGCAGAAGGAGGAGGGUGCGGCGCCGAAGAUGGUUGAGGCAGAGGCGCAGAAGGCAGAAGAAGCGGCGCGGCAGAAGGCGGAGGCAGAGGAGCAGAAACAGGCUGUUGUAGAAGCGCGGAAGAAGGUUGUUGUAGAGGCGCGGCAGAAGGCGGAGGGUGAGGCGUUGAAGAUGGCAGAGGCCGAGGAGCAGAAGCAGGUUGAGCCAUACACACGUAGGAAGCCAGAUAGAGAGGAGGGUCCAGAUGGGAAAAAAAUGAUACAGACAGAGGGACGGGAGACGGCGGGUGCUGAGGGGCACAUCAUCGCAGAGGAAGAGGGGCAGCAUAACGAGGAGGCAGCGUCGCAGGUAUUCGCAUACCGAGAGACGCAGAGCAUGGUAGAGACAGAGCGUCAAAAUACUAUGGAGGAGGUUCGUGUGGUCCCGGAGGCUGGAGUGGGGCACUACGAGGGAGAUGCGCUGGAAACAGAAGAGGAGCAAGAUGAGGAGGAUACGGUACAUCCGGCAGUCCGGAUAUUUUUGGGAGGAAGUCCGACGCGGGGACCAGGAACCGGGGUAGAGGGGCCAUGGAGGGUGGCAGACGAUGGGGCGCCUAGGGAUACAGUGGAUCUCAACAGGCAGAGGCGGCCUACCCUUCACCAGAGAGCAGAGGAGAGGAAUCUCGGCCAAGGCGAGGUGGCAGAAGCGUUUUGGCAGGUAGAGUGGGUCGAGGCAGAGACGGCAAUACGGCGGAUGCUGCAGCGCACGGGUACCAUCCUGAUCAAACAAGGUGACAGGUUCGUCGAGGCCGAAAGCUGGGACAUAAGCCCGGCAGAGGUAACGCGGCGUCUGACGCUCUUAGCUCGAAUGGUGACGCAGACGUUCUGCAACUUGGCGGCCCGCAACAGCAGCAUCAGUCGCGACGUGGCCGAUCUGACCGUCCAUUACUGCCGCAACGCCCUGGCCAACCUGGAAGAAGUCCGCCAUGGAAACAAGGAACGGCGGCGCCAAGCUGAAACGGCGGCCAGGUUUCGCGAGCAGGUGGACACGAGACUCUCCAACUUGCGGGAGAGUAUCGUAAGGGCGAGUGAUCAGGUUCGCCAGUCAGGAGGGGGGAUGGCGGAGGGCACGUUAAAGGGGGUGGAAGAGAGGUUGAGAGAGGUUCUGAGAGAAGACUCUGAGCGGCGGAACAGGGAUAGACUGCAGGACGAGGAGCGGAGGCAGAAGGCCACGAGGAAGGAACCAGACGCCGCAGAGAGACGGAAGAAGGAACAACAGCUGGAGGAAGAGCGUCGGCAGAAGGAGAUGAGAGAGGGAAUGAAGGAGAUGAAGGAGGCGAUGAUGAAGGAGUUGAAGGCAGAAAUGAAGGAGAUGAAGGAUGGGAUGGUAAACCAGAUUGUGGGGAGGUUGAGCGCGGUUUUGCGAGAAGAAUCUGAGCGGCAGAAGAAGGUGAGGAAAGAGGACGCGGAGCGGCGACAACAGCAGGACACGAAGAGGAAAUAA